ACGUGAACGUAUUCGAGAUCAAAUCAAGAAAAUCUGAGAUGGAAGAAGUGAAGAAGACAAAGACGAAGAGAGCAGCCGCAGCAACAGCAGCGUCGUUUGAAGGGAAAAUUGAAGAGUUAGAGAAAGCUUUGGUGGCAAUAGGUACAAUUCUUCUGGUUGCGGGUCUGAAGCUCGUCUUCGCUUCUCUGCUUGAGAAAUGGCGCGCUUUGGCUUUCUUUCUGCUAAACCUCCUUCUCCUUUCCAUCUUCUUCAUGUCCUUACGCUCUGAUGAUUCCAGUGACCUCCGCAAGGACAACUAUAAGAUCCAGACAUCCAGUAAGAAGAAGAAACAGAGGAGGAAGGAACUCCACCACUGCUCGUCCAGUACUCGCUCUAGUAAUACUAGUGUUAGAGACUCCACCAUCGACUACGAAGAUGACGGAGGUGAUGAUGAUGGUGGUGAUGCUGGUCCCUGCCUGUCGAAGGAGGAGCUGAACGCCAAGGUGGAAGCUUUCAUUACAACCUUCAAGCAACAAUUAGCCUUGGAUGCAAAGGAGAUGAUGAGCAGACGCUACUAUGCAUCAUCGCAAGUAGCGAAUUCUUAUUCGUAUUCAAUUUCAAACUAACGGUUAC